AUGGCCGAAAGCGUUCGUGUCAUCUCGCGAUGUCGUCCACUCAACGAUCGCGAAAAAGCGUUGAACUCAAAGAUAUGCGUGGAAAUGAAUCCAGGAUCUGCGCAGGUGACACUGCUGUCGGAUGGACCUCCAAAAAUGUUUACAUUCGAUGGCGCAUACUUCAUGGAUGCCACUGGAGAACAAAUUUACAACGACAUCGUCUAUCCACUCGUUGAGAACGUCAUCGAGGGAUAUAAUGGGACAGUUUUCGCUUACGGACAAACAGGCUCUGGAAAAACUUUCUCAAUGCAAGGAGCGCCAGACAUCCCGGCUCAACGGGGCAUAAUUCCUAGAGCGUUUGAGCAUAUUUUUCUUGCCACUGCCACUACUGAACACAAGAAGUUUUUGAUCCAUUGCAGUUAUUUGGAGAUCUACAACGAAGAAGUUCGCGAUCUCCUAGGUGCCGAUAGAAAUCAAAAGCUUGAAAUCAAGGAACACGCAGAAAGAGGAGUCUAUGUAGCUGGACUUUCGAUGCAUGUUUGUCACGACGUCAAAUCAUGUCAUGAACUUAUGGAGAAAGGUUUCAAUAAUCGGCAUGUUGGAGCUACUUUGAUGAAUAAAGACUCGUCGAGAAGCCACUCGAUAUUCACCGUUUACGUAGAAGGGAUGAACGAAAGCGGAUCAAUACGAACGGGAAAGUUGAAUCUCGUCGACUUGGCUGGUAGUGAACGACAAUCAAAGACUGGAGCUACUGGUGAUCGUUUCAAAGAAGCCACUAAGAUCAAUCUCUCCCUCUCUGCCCUCGGAAACGUGAUCUCAGCACUAGUGGAUGGAAAGUCGAAGCACAUUCCCUAUCGUGAUUCAAAACUGACGCGACUGCUCCAGGAUUCGCUCGGUGGUAACACGAAAACGAUAAUGAUUGCCUGCAUUUCGCCAUCUGAUAACAACUACGAUGAAACGCUCUCGACACUGAGAUACGCCAACCGUGCCAAGAACAUUAAAAACAAGCCGAAAAUCAACGAGGAUCCUAAGGAUGCUUUGCUGCGGGAGUACCAGGAGGAAAUUGAACGAUUAAAAGCCAUGCUUGUACCAGGAGCUAAUCAAGCGGCCAUUGCGGCCUUUGACGUGGAAGCAGAACGAGCGAAAUUGCGCGAGGAGUUCGAAGAAACUAUGACUGAGCUAAGGAAUGAGUAUCAGAAGGAGCAAAUGAGCAAAGCGGAACUUGCGCAUGAGCUGCAAGUGUUGAAGGAACAGUAUGAAAAGGCAAACUCCGAUCUGGAUACUAUGGAAGGAUUAGAUCCGUCAGAAGCUGCACGGAAACUGGAACAGCUGCAACAACAAUUUGUUGGUGGAGAACAGGCCAACAAUGAGCAAUUGAAGCAAAAGAGAACGACGAAAUUGAAAGAAGCAGAGUCAAAAAUGCAACGGUUGGCAGCCGCUUUGAAUGUCAAUAAGGACGAUCCAUUGUUGCAAGUCUAUAGUUCAACGCAAGAGAAACUCGAUGCUGUCACCGCUGAACUGCAAAAAGAGAAAAACAGAUCAAAAGCGCUCGAAUCCGAGGUUGAAGAUCUUCAAGGCGAAUUUGAACUAGAUCGACUAGAUUAUUUGGAGACAAUACGCAAACAAGACCAACAACUGAAGCUCCUAUCUCAAAUACUGGAAAAAGUUCAACCUGUUAUUAGAAAGGACUCGAAUUACUACAACAUUGAACGGGUAAAGAAGGAUGCUAUAUGGAACGAAGACGAAUGUAAAUGGGUAUUACCAGAGAUGAGCGUUUCAAGAACUGUACUGCCAAAUGCACACAAUGGCAUUUCUCCGAGCAACAGAAGCGAGCCUCUUUUGCGUGACAUGUACGACGAAGACAGUUCCAAGCUCAGAUUAAAGCUCGCGAAAAGUGAGGAAGAGAACAUUGCCAACAACUACUUCAAACCAAUCAAACAGAGUAAUGUGCUAAGCAAGUAUCGCGAUGGGCAUGCCCGGAGUUGCGAUGUGAAGUCAUACUUCCCAAACAAAACAGCCACCUUUGACAAUUUGCUCAAUGGUGUUGUAUAUUCGGAUGAUAUAUAUGGAAGGUCGCAGAGCGCACGGCGACCGGCUCGGUUAGAGUCGCUGCCUCUGAAAAAAUGA